AAAAAGGCACGCAUGGCCACCCUCUCUUGCUCAUACCAUCAGUUGACCAACAAGUCUAUUAUUUGACUCAUUGUCCCUCUCUUCCUAUCCUCUCCUUUCGCUCCUCAUCUCUUCACAUUUCACCAGUCAAAUUGUGUCCUUUCCGUUGUAUACAACCUUAGCUAUCUGAGAAAUGGCCUCCAGCUCGAUGUCGAGGGGAUCUGCCUCCUCAUCCUGGACCCCUAAGCAGAACAAGGCCUUUGAGAAGGCGUUGGCUGUGUACGACAAGGACACUCCCGACCGCUGGCACAAUAUCGCAAAGGCGGUAGGAGGAAAGACCGCUGAGGAAGUGCAGAGGCACUAUCAGGUGCUCGUGCAGGAUGUCCAAACAAUUGAGUCCGGCCACAUUCCCUUCCCGAAUUAUAGGACCACCGAAGCCAACUAGUGAUGAAAG